AAGGAUUGUAGAAUAGCUUCGAAAUGUUUUUUUCUUUUUCUAUUUCUUUGUAAAAGAAAUAAGAAGAAGAAAAUACAGAAAUGGGAUCGUUUAAGAGUUUCAGACAAGCUUACGGGGCUCUCAAAGAUUCAACCACGGUUGGUCUUGCAAAGGUCAAUAGUGAUUUCAAGGAUUUAGACAUUGCGAUUGUAAAAGCUACUAAUCACGUUGAAUGCCCUCCCAAAGAACGACAUGUUCGAAAAAUAUUGGCAGCCACAGCUGUUGCCCGACCACGAGCAGAUAUAGCUUAUUGCAUUCAUGCCUUGGCAAAGAGAUUAUCUAAGACGCGAAAUUGGAUUGUUGCUAUAAAGGUUUUAAUAGUUAUUCAUAGAACAUUAAGGGAAGGCGAUCCUACAUUUAGAGAAGAGCUUAUGAACUACUCACAUAGAGGACGUAUUCUUCAAAUAUCAAACUUUAAAGAUGAUUCAAGCCCUCUUGCAUGGGAUUGCUCAGCAUGGGUUAGGACAUAUGCACUUUUCUUAGAGGAGAGGCUUGAAUGCUUUAGAGUAUUGAAAUUUGAUAUUGAAACGGAACGGUUGCCAAAAACAUCAUCGCCAGCUGGCGCAAGCAAGUCACGUAGCACUAGCAGAACAAUACUUUCAGCUAGUGAUGAACUAAUAGAGCAACUACCUGUAUUACAACAACUUCUUUAUCGUCUUAUAGGUUGUCAGCCAGAAGGAGCAGCCUAUAGCAAUUACCUCGUUCAAUAUGCCUUAGCUUUGAUACUAAAAGAGAGUUUCAAAAUAUAUUGUGGUAUCAACGAUGGAAUUAUCAACCUUGUAGAUAUGUUCUUUGAUAUGUCAAAACAUGAUGCCGUCAAAGCUCUUAAUAUAUACAAAAGAGCUGGUCAACAGGCAGAAAGUCUUGCUGAGUUUUAUGAAUACUGCAAAGGAUUAGAUCUUGCUAGGAACUUCCAGUUUCCAACAUUAAGACAGCCACCACCAUCAUUUCUUGCAACUAUGGAAGAAUAUAUAAAAGAAGCUCCCCAAACAAGUUCCGUCCAAAACAGGCUGGAAUAUGAGCAGAGAGAGGAGUCACCUCCACCAGCAGAUGGAGUCGAAGAAAAACAUGUAGAGGAGGAGAAUAAUAAACCAUUGCAAGAACCAGCAGCAGCAGCAGCAGAAGAGACACAAGCAAAGGAGGAAGUGAAGGAACCUCAACCACUUGUGUCACUUGAUAGUACAGAUGAUUUGUUGGGUCUAAAUGAAAUCAACCCAAGAGCUUUGGAAUUAGAGGAAAGCAAUGCAUUGGCUCUUGCAAUUGUUCCAUCAGGUAAUGAAUCAACAACAAAUCGUGGGUUAAAUGAAAUCAGUGGCACGGGAUGGGAACUAGCACUUGUUACAGCACCUAGCAAUCAUACAGCUCCGCCGGUAGAAAGCAAAUUGGGGGGAGGAUUUGACAAGUUAUUACUAGAUAGUUUGUAUGAAGAUGAUGCUGCUAGAAGGCAGUUGCAACUAAAAAAUGCAGGAUAUGGAUAUGGAUAUGGAAGUAUGGAUGUUCAACAAAACCCUUUCCACCAGUAUCAACACAAUGACCCAUUCAUAAUGUCCAAUGACAUUGCACCCCCAACAAAUGUACAAAUGGCCUUACUUGCUCAACAACAACAAAUGAUGAUGAUGGUGCCUUAUCAAUACCCUCAACAACAGAACAUUCCCCCUUCUAACCCAUUUGGAGAUCCAUUUUUUAGUCUCCCACCAACUUCUACAUCCCAACCAGGAAACCAUACCCUACUUUAA